AUGGAGGCUACUACUAGUACUAGUACCGGUAGUAACACUGCCACUACCACUGCCAUUGCCAAGACGAGCAGCAAGAGGGAUAAGGUUAAGAAGAAGAAGGAGCAGAAGAAGGAUAAGAAGGACAAGCCCAAGUGCACAGCUCCUCUGGACCAACAGAUUCUGGCCGUUGCUAGCUAUGUACACGAUCUAUGCCAAGAACAACUAGAGAAACCUACAGAAGCCUUGACUGUGCCAUCCUUAUCUAUUGUCAAGCAGCUCAUGGACUCUCUCACGCAACAAUUCCAAUCCAACUCCAACAUUAGGGAUAGGGAUAGGGAUACUCCUCAAGAGGAGAAUGAUCAAGAUGGCUUGGAGCUGCAGUCCUUGCUGAAGGACUCCAAGAGAGUAGCUAACAUUGUCAAGCGCAUGGUCAAGCUCCAUCCUGUCCUAUUCUUUGUGGAACAGCCAGAUCUGCUUGUGGACCUGGCAGAAGCCAUGGGGGAUCUAUACCUAAGUCUACUGCAACAACCAAGCAAUACCACCAUCACCAUCAAACUAUGGAAACAGCAGCAAGCUAGAAUGGAAUUCCUCAUGGAAAAGGCAACUUUUGAGAAGGCGCACGUUCUCCACUCGGACGCUGCCUUGCCACUGACUAUUCAAGCCUCUCUGCAAACAGAAUCGGGGGAACUGGUACGAGUACUGCAGAGGCAUAAGCGCAAGCUAUUUCACAAAGUCAUGCAGCACGCCAAUCCAGAAGAUAACACUACUACAUGCAGUAGUGAAGCAUUGGAUGCUUCUACUAACAGUAGCAGGGACAAGGCCACGCAAGCGCUUCAGUAUCUAGACAAGUUCCUUCACAAACUGCUAUCCUUUGAUGAAACAGAAACCAAUACCAACCUUACCAUGACAAACAUGCUGGAAGCUUCCUGUCAAACCAAUGCCAUGCUAGAUGCUUCCUUUGCCACAAUGCUCACCAAUGCUUCCCUGCAUUCCACUGCCACUGCUAGUACCAUCACCGGUACGACUGCAGCAAACAAUCACAUUCCUUCCUGGGCCAUUUGUCCCGUUUCCAAAAAGAUCAUGACGCAUCCCGUCUCGGUCAAGGGAGAUUGCAAUCAUACACUCUCACAGCAAGUAUUUCAGGAAUGGAUUCACCUAGGAAACAAAACAUGUCCCGUCUGUGGAUGCAAACUCAGAGGACUCUCCGCAAGACCCAAUCACUCACUUCACACGCAGAUUCAAGACAAACUAGCAGAACAACUGGCACAACUUCGACGAAACAGCAGCCGUCAUCAUAAUAGUGACGACUUGGGAGCAUCGUCGGAGCACAGUCUCACACUCAGUGUCAUUGGAGGAGGCAGCAGUCAUCGAACAAACUUGCAAGAUAUCUCCACCAUGUCACUCUCGCAGUCGUUUCGCAAUGAGCUCGAAAUCUCGGGACACAACAAUAAUAACUCACAGACGUCCAUGGCAGCAGACUCUAUUCACGAACAAGACAACCUGUCCACACUCGAUCAACUCUUUUAUGAGGAUGUGCUCAAACGACAAGCCACCACGGAAACGGCAAAAACACAACUCGUCGACAAUCGUACCAUUGCAUCGUCGGUACCGGCAUCGCGCAGUAGCUUCUCCAAGACUCACAACAAUGGCAGCAGAAAGUCGCGCAGUGGCCGCAUCCAACAGCAGCAACAAGAGGAUGAAGAAAAUUGCAAUGACAAUGGACCCAUUGCCUUGCCAUACAACGCACCAGCCGAGUACAACAUCAACAAGUCAGCGGCAUCCGACAAAAAGAAGAAAAAGAAAAACCCUGUCAAGAAACUCUUCCAAAUGCUCAAGGGAAACAGUAGCAGCAGCAGGAACCCUGCAGCCAAGGUGACGGAGCAACUCCACUCAUCGGCCAACACGGCCAUGACGGCCGAUUUGUCCAACUACACACAGGAUGCAAGGAGCAAUAACGUUGAUCAAGGCAGUCAACAACGACGACGACGACAAGAAGAAGAAGGGAUUUCGGAUGGAAGCGGGCAUUCCAUUACCAUUGGUGCCACGAACCGGAAACCUCGUGGACGGCAGAAUGGCGACGAGCCACCUCCACUCGUGACCAUGGGGUCCAGUGAUGUCUACGUGUAG